AUGGAAGGCCUUUCAAUGGAUGAUACCACGAGUCCUGCCAAGCCAAACCCGUCCUUCGAACACCUUCCCGGGUUUACUUCCUCUGGUAUUGCAGCAGACCACCAGCCUGAGGAAAGUGAGCAGAGUAUGGACGGCUCAGGGCCCUCAACGCCCACCCACGACACGGAUCUGUUCGAGAACAGCAAGGAAAUUCGACUGAUUAAACCCUACGAUAUUGAGGAGCCCGAUGAUGACUUAGAAACUAGCAUUCCAAGGGCAGAUCAACUAUGUCUCCCAGAUCGAUUUGAACGGUGGCACCGUGAAUUAACAAACUAUCUGAACGAUAUGGACAACCAACCGGGCGGAUCUAAUAGCAAAGCAUUUCAUCCAGCGCGAAGGAGAGGAGAGAAGAGAAAGCCAGCUCAUCACACACUCGCUACACAACAGGACUAUCCUCACUUCGCACAAAGACAUGCAUCGGCCGAGACGCAACCUGAAGUGCAUGAGCACCGCUCCAAAAGACGAAUGUUUAGCAAACUUCCAGAGUGGAAUUUUCAAGACAUAGACUCAUUUGGCACUUUCCGGGAAGGCAAUGCGAACGAAAGCUCGGGUUCCGAGACAGCAUCAAUCGACCUGACUAGCAACAAUGCCAUGAACGACUCUCCCAUGGUCGAUGAGAUGGAUAUCGACUGA